AUGGAGCUGGAAGCGCUGCGCUCUAUCUACGAGGGAGAUGCGUGCUUCAGGGAGCUCAGCCCGGUCUCCUUCCAGUACCGGAUAGGUGAAAGUGGAGAUCCCAAAGCCUUUCUAAUAGAAGUUUCUUGGCCAGAAACGUAUCCACAGACAGCACCAGUCAUAUCGAUGGAUGCUUUCUUCAACAACACAAUAUCUUCAGCUAUUAAACAAAGUAUUUUGGAUAAGUUAAUGGUAGAAGUUGAAGCAAAUCUUGGAACUGCUAUGACAUACACACUUUUUGAAUAUGCCAAAGAUAACAAAGAGUUGUUCAUGGAAAAUCAGCCUGUUAACACUGUGACUUCAGUAAGCAAUAGUAUUGCAAUUGGAACUCCUGAUGUGCCAGCAAGUAAGAAAAAAGAUAAAAAGGAGCAGUUAUCCAAAACCCAGAAACGAAAACUAGCUGAUAAAACAGACAACAAAGGGGAGCUUCCACGAGGAUGGAACUGGGUGGACGUAAUUAAGCACUUAAGCAAAACUGGUUCUAAAGAUGAUGAAUAAAGGACUUUGGUACAAGGAAACUCCACCUUUUAAUACAGUGCAAUUUUGGGUCACCAUCUUUCUCUUAAUAACUUUCGUAUUUGUUGAAGUAAACAUUUUAUAAAGCUCAGUUUCCUAACUCGCAAAUCUAGUCACACAAGUUUAUCUAGAGACUAUGUGGUCUUCUUUGGAAAACAAAACAAACAAACUUGCCUUAAAUGAAGGUUACAAUGUGGCAAAAGAGAGAGCCAAUGUGGUGAAGUGAAUAGUGCUAUAUGCAGUGUUUAUUAAUUUAUAUUUUAUUCUGUAGUAAAAUCCUGUUAUAGUGAAUCCAAUGACGCUGUAACAUUUCCUGAUGUUCUUAUUCCAAUUGAAGAAAAAAAGCACUAUAACAGUGAUUGGUCACUUGACAGCAUAAUUCAAAAUAAAUUAUUCCAUGGAAACAAGACCUUUGUCAUUUGUUUAUCUAACAUGAAUGUAGAAGGAAAACAUAAAAAUUGUUACAUUGCAAUACAGACUAGAGCUUGUGGUCCCGUUUUCACUAGUUACUGGCUGACAUAGUAAAUACUAGCGAAAGCAAGGCCAAAUAGUCUAGUCUGCUCCAAAAUGAGUGGCUACAGCAGGAGUAUGUCGCCUUUAUUCUCUGUGGUAUCCAUCUGUUAGUCUUUCUUCAGUAUGCAUUUUUACAGAAGGCUGGAUGUCUGAGGGAAAAGUGCUUUCUUGCAUGUGUCUCAAUGAGUUUUGAGAUUUUGUAGCUCUUUCAUUGGAGAAGUGGGAAUUCCUUGGAGGGGUUUGCUGACUGAGUGGUGGGACAGUGGCAAGAAGGCAGCAUUCUGCCAAAUGUGUUGGGAAAACUUUUUUUUUUCCCUAACCUGCUCUCUCGUAUCAGGAAGAGAAGUCAUCUUUACUCUAUGAACGGUUACUGAAUACAAGAUGCCUUAAUGUCGUUUAUUAUUUUUGUUCGGUUUGAGAUGAACUUUAAUAAAUGCCUAUUUAUC